AUGUUUAUCCUGGACGCUUUAAAGUCAGCAAGGUAUGCACAAGAUGCAGUGAGCGAAAAGGUUAGACUAUACCUGACGGCGUCUAUUAUCUCACCUGUUGGUGUGAAACCACUUCGAAGGAGCUACUCCAUUUCAGAACCAAUCCCUGAUACUGAAAACAAUGGGACUUCCAUACUUGAAUGUGUGCCUUUGGAGACCGAUAAAAAGGGAAACUUUUAUGACUCAUCGACUGGACGUAUAGUAGUUCUAAAGGGUAUAAAUAUGGAUGCACAAAUGAAAUUACCAGUCGAACCGUACAUGCCAUCGUAUAAAGGUGACUCUACAAAUCCGAGUGAUGUGUUUUUCGAAGGAGAUACAGUGUCAUUCGUAGGGAGACCGUUUCCUUUGGAAGAUGCUAGGCUGCACUUUGAAAGAAUCAAGAGUUGGGGUUACAAUACAAUCCGAUACUUGUUAACCUGGGAGGCUGUUGAACAUGAAGGGCCAGGGAAGUACGACCAAAAAUUUGCUGACUACACAUUGGAGAUAUUGAAAAUUAUUGGAGAAGUAGGUGGAUUGUAUGUUUUCCUUGAGUUUCAUCAGGAUGUAUGGUCUAGGUUUUCAGGAGGUAGUGGCGCACCCAUGUGGACAUUCUACGCUGCUGGACUUGAUCCUAAGAAAUUCACUCUUGCUGACUCAGCAAUUCUUCACAACGAACCUAGAUUUCGUGAUGGUACUGACACAUACCACAAAAUGUUGUGGACCUCAAACUACAAACGGUUGGCUCCGUUAGUCAUGUUCACCAUGUUUUUUGCGGGUAAGUACUAUUUUCCGAAUUUGAUAAUGAAUGGGGAAAACAUACAGGACUACUUGCAAAAUCAUUUUUUGGGGUCUGUUGAAUUUAUAUGGAAACAAGUAUGCGAGGGUGUACCCGAAUUGAUCAAUAAUGGAACAAUAUUAGGUUUUGAAUCAAUGAAUGAGCCCAACUGUGGUUUAAUAGGGUAUCCUGAUAUUGGCCAAUUGCCAGAUUUCCAGCAAUUACGUGUAGGCACUACCCCAACUGCUUUUCAAUCAAUGAGACUUGGAAUGGGAUUUGCAUGCGAGGUUGAUGAGUAUAGGAUAACAGUAACUGGUCCUAGGAAGUAUGGUACAAAAAUAGUAGAUCCGAAAGGUGCCAGGGCAUGGCUAACACCAGAAGAUGCUAAAGUUAUUGAUGAGCAUUAUGGAUUCAAGAGGGGUGAAAAAUGGGAGUUGGGAACUUGUAUAUUCGCCGAGCAAGGAAUAUGGAGCUGGCCACAGAUUGCGGGAGAUAUGGCGACAAUGACGCAAGAGCAGAGACUAGAUAUUAGCUCGAAAUGUGUGGUCUUGGAGCCUCACUUUUUUAGCAAGCCAAUGCCGCAACAUAAGUACGAACCGCACCAUACCAAAGUGGAUACUCAUAUGUUUGUUAAUCUUCAUUUUGCUGAUCACAUUGUCAAGUUUAAAGAGCUUAUUCGUAAAUACAGACAAGAUGCAUUUGUUAUGCUUCUGACACCGGUUUUGGAAGAGCCACCCCAUUUGAAAAAUGACAAGAGAAACAUCAUCGAUGACAAGGUGAUCUAUUGUCCACACUAUUACGAUGGCUUAUCCUUGAUGCACAAGAGCUGGAAUUUCAAGUUCAAUGUUGACACUUUGGGGAUUAUGAGAGGUGUUUAUUUGAACCCUGUCCUCGGUAUCGUCUUUGGAGGACGGGCUAUUCGUAACUGCUUUCAAAAACAAUUUUGUGAAAUGAGGCGAGAGUGCAAUGAGUACUUAGGACAGAUUCCUAUACUUAUGUCAGAAACUGGAAUGCCAUUUGAUAUGGAUGACAAACGAUCCUACAGGAACGGAAAGUACAUUUCACAGACUGCCGCGAUGGAUGCUUUGUGCAAUGCAUUGGAAAGUGCCAACAUGUCGCAUACGUUCUGGUGUUAUGAUAGUUGCAAUAACCAUAAAUAUGGAGACAACUGGAAUAAUGAAGAUUUUUCGUUUUGGUCGCCUGAUGAUCGAAAUUUGACAUUUGAAGAUGAAUGUGAAACUCCUGAAAUUAGAAACGAAACCGAGAGUGAACGUAGUCGAGUUAGGACAGCUAGAGCAAUCAGGAAAGCAAAUAGAAAAUUAAAGAGAGCAGCUAAAAUGGGUCGCUCUGGGUCAGUCGAUAGCACUGCGUCGGCGACGUCAACCACGUCAACAUCUUCAGGUGAUGGUUACACUGACACCGAAUCUGAUUCAACAUCACUGUCUUCUGUUAUUUCAUCAACAAGCUCAAAUGUGUAUCGUCGGCAAUAUGGAAAGUGCUACCCUUCCCCAGAUGGCGUUAGAGCCGCUGGUGCAGUUAUCAGACCAUAUUUGAUGGCGUCCUUAGGUCGCAUGGUUGCCACAGAGUUUGAUAUCAAAGCAGUAAAGUUAUCACUUCAAAUUGUUGUUGAUAAGUCAGAUCCAAGAGUUGAAACCACGCCUACCAUCAUUUUUGUGCCAAAGUGGCAUUUCCCAUUCUUGGACUACGGUGACGUUUUUUUGACGUCGGGGUACAUCAAAUACAACGAGGAGUUGCAAUACAUUGAAUGGUAUCAUUGUAAUGAUCCAUCCUUGGGUGAAAAGGAGAACCCGACUGCAAACGAAAAGAAUUCCACUGAAACUAUCAUUAUAAAAAAUAAUAGCGGUUCAUUAGAGGAUGCUAAAACCAUUGAGGAUAGGAAAUUGGGAUGUACAAUCAGUUAG